UCAGAGACCGUGGCGAUGAAUAGAUCGUGAAUAAUAAAAAGUGAUAGAAAAUAAUUUAAAUAAAAAAAUAAAUAUGAAAUUCCUAAUUGUCGCAUUUUUGUGCGGCUUAACAGUGCAAGCACUGUAUGCACACCCAACAAAAGUCGAAACAGAAGUACAAACGGCCGAUGAGAACGUGACGCCGAGUGAUAAUCAAGUUUGUGUACCGAAUGAGGUUAAAAUGGAAGACUGUAAUCGAUGCAAAUGUGCUCCAAAUGGCGUCGGAUGGUUCUGCACACGCAAAGAAUGCCAAAGAAGUUCCAGAGCCAGAAACUAAACCAGUUGCAAACGAGAAGCUGAAUGUGAGCCGGGAACCUCAUGGAAGGAAGAUUGUAAUGAUUGUCGUUGUACUUCAACGGGAUUGAGAGCAUGCACAAGAAAAUUGUGUCCUCCCGUUCCACAAGAAGAAGAAAAGACUGUCGCGAAACGCUCAGCAAGAGAAUGUGAGCCGGGAAAGAAAUGGAAUGACGGAUGCAAUGACUGCUGGUGCAACGACCAAGGAUUGAAAUAUUGCACAAAACAGGCAUGUGAGGAAGUUGUCUUGACACCUAUGGAAGCCCAUAAACAAAAACGAUCAGCUGAUGAAGAGGUUAAGGCUGAAAAGGAGUGCGAACCCGGAAAGAGUUGGAAUGAUGGUUGUAAUGAUUGUUUCUGUACUGAGCAUGGUUUCAAAGCAUGCACAUUGAAAGCUUGCAUAGUUUUGGACCCCAAAGAAGCAGAAGUUGAACCAGCAAAGACAAAACGAUCAGCAGAUGAACCAGCGAAGGAAUGUGAGCCGGGAACAACUUUCAAGGAAGAUUGUAACACUUGCUUUUGUACUGAAAAAGGCUUCAAAGCUUGUACAUUAAUCCGCUGUUAUACCGCAGAAGAAACGCAAGCUUUUAAAGAGUUAUUUAAAGAAAAGGAACAAACAAAAACUAAACGAUCUGCUGAAGAAAAGGAAUGUGAGCCGGGAACCAAAUGGAAUGACGGUUGCAAUGAUUGUUGGUGCGGUGAUCAAGGCUUUAAAUACUGCACAAAGAAAAAAUGUGAAGUCUUACCACCAGAAAGUCACGUUCAAAAGCGAUCAGCUGAUAAUGCAGAGGAAGAAAAACCAAAGAUGGAAUGUGAGCCGGGAACUAAUUUCAAAGAAGAUUGUAACUCUUGCUUCUGUACACCUUCUGGCUUUAAAGCUUGCACCAUGAUGCGUUGUUUAUCUGCCGAAGAGAUGAAAAUGUUUGAAAAACCUGCAACUGAAGAACAGCCCAAAACUAAAAGAUCUCCCAUUACACGAAAAUCGUGCACGCCGGGAACAAGUUUCCAAGCCGAGGAUGGAUGCAAUACUUGUCAUUGCAACGAUGAUGGCCUUCCUCGCUGUACUUUGAAAUUAUGUCCUACUCGUCAAGUUAGAGCUGUUGAGAACAAAAAUAAUCCCGGAGCUCCUGAUUUUUCAUGCGAACCUGGAACUAGUUUCAAACAUGCCGAUGGCUGUAAUGAUUGCACUUGUGCUGCCAAUGGAAAAUUUGCCGCUUGCACAUUAAAGUUGUGCCUUGAACCUGUCAAACGAGAUCCGUAUGCCGCUAAUUUCCAUUGCACACCGGGAUCGACCUUCACGAAUCCCGCUGAUGGAUGUAACACAUGCACGUGCAAUGAUGAGGGACGAACAGCUGGAUGCACUGAAAUCGAUUGCAAUCCUGUUCAUGUUGUUUCCAAGAGAUCACCUGUGAUGAAUGAUCCUGCCUCGCCUGAUUUUUCAUGCACACCCGGAGAAGUUUUCAAACAUGCCGAUGGUUGUAACACUUGCACCUGUGCUGACAAUGGAAAAGUUGCUGCUUGUACAUUGAUGCUUUGUAUGCCAGUUCAAGAAGUUCUUCCUGCCGUUGUAGUUGAUGAACCACUUUUCACUGGAAAUCCCUACCAACCCGAAGGAUUCUCAUGCAAACCCGAUGCAAGUUUCAAAUAUGAAUGCAACGAUUGUCGCUGUUUGCCAAACGGAAAACUUGCCAUGUGUACCUUGAAGGUUUGCUCAGAAGAAAGUGCACGUCUUACUCGUGGCGUUACGCCUGUCAACGCUCCAACUGUGGCUGUAAAUGAUAACAAUCCCAGCGCUCCUAACUUCCGUUGUAAGCCAGGAGAUCAAUUCGAUCAUGCUGAUGGUUGCAAUUCUUGCAUCUGCGACAAAGAUGGUCUUAAUGCUGCUUGCACUUUACGUCAAUGCUUGCCUGCCGAUCCUACUUUUAACACCCAAACAGUUAUUCCUCCUGUAGAAAGAAAAUGCAUUCCUGGAUCACGUUUCAUGUCCGAUGACGGUUGCAAUACUUGCUUCUGCACCAACAAUGGAAACAUUGGAUGUACCUUGAUCUAUUGCGGAAACAAACCCGCUGAGCCAGGCAAGGGAGGCGUUGCCCCAAACCAAUCCAUGAGUUCUCCAACAAACAAACCAAUCCAAUUCCCCGUCGAUAAGAGAGUCAAACGUGACACCGAUGACAUUAAGAGUCUACCACAUUUCGAUACAAGCGUGGAAGGAUUCACCUGCGAGCCAGGCAUGCGAUUCCGUGACAGAUGCAAUCGGUGUUUCUGCAACAAAGCCGGAAAAGCAGCUUGUACCGAUAAAUUGUGCCAUGACGAAGAAGCCUAAAUUCCUUUAAAGCCUUUGACAAAAAAAAAUCUCAUAUCUGCCAAUAAAUUUUUAUUAACA